AAAAAAAAAACACGGAGCGAAGAAGAAGAUUCUGUAAUCUCUUCUUCGUGUAGUUUAGCUUCAAAUUAUCAAAGAGUGAUGCGAUUUUCUUCAUACGGUGUUUGAGGACAUAUAUAUAUAUAGAGAGAGAGAGACUAGAGAUGAUGAUGAUGGGUUUUGCGAUAUCAGAUGAGUUUCUGGGAACGUUCGUGCCGAUUUUAGUGUAUUGGGUGUAUUCAGGGAUGUACAUUUGCUUAGGAUCUAUGGAGAGAUAUAGGUUGCAUUCCAAGGUAGACGAGGACGAGAAGAAUCUCGUUACCAAAUCUGCUGUCGUCAAGGGCGUUCUUCUUCAACAGACUUUACAAGCCAUCAUCUCCGUUAUUCUCUUCAAGAUAACAGGAAGUGAUGAAGCAGAUGCUGCUAAGACGCAACACUUCUCCCUUCUACUUCUCGCUAGGCAGCUCAUCAUCGCCAUGCUAGUAAUCGACACAUGGCAAUACUUCAUACAUCGCUACAUGCACCUUAACAAGUUCUUAUACAAACACAUCCACUCUCAACACCAUCGCCUCAUUGUCCCCUAUUCAUACGGAGCUUUAUACAACCAUCCAUUAGAAGGUCUUCUUUUAGACACUAUCGGUGGUGCUUUGUCUUUCCUCUUCUCUGGUAUGUCCCCAAGAACAGCCAUCUUUUUCUUCUCCUUCGCAACCAUCAAGACUGUUGAUGAUCACUGUGGACUUUGGCUUCCUGGAAAUCCAUUUCACAUCUUCUUCAGUAAUAACUCUGCUUACCAUGAUGUUCAUCAUCAGCUCUAUGGGAGCAAAUACAAUUUCUCGCAGCCGUUCUUUGUCAUGUGGGAUAGGAUUCUUGGGACUUAUUUGCCUUAUUCGCUUGAGAAAAGAGACAAUGGAGGAUUUGAAACACGGCCGAUCAAAGUAUCUAAAGAUGAGUAACUUUUCUUUUUUCUUUUGGAGAUUCUUAUCACUGCUACGUUACUUGAUUGUUUGAUUGCUAGAGAACUACUGUGAUCUCUGUGUACUUUGUAACUGUGUAUAUACAAUUGCAGUCUCUUCUUUGCGAUCUGCGGGGAUAAUGUUUCUGUGUAAGCUAGCAGUGAACUCAUUUUGUAAUAGUCAUAUUCUCUAUGCUAUGCUUAGAAUUUGUGAGUUUAGAUCUGUUAAGAGUCUCAUUUAUUAGUCAACCACAUACACAUAUACGCACACACAGUCAUUGCUUCAUGCUAUUGUUGUGCAAUUAUUGAUAUUAGUGGGCCUUGGAAUGAAAAGGAUACAAUCCAUUGUUAGUUUAGAACAAGGUUGAUGUUUUCUUGACCAAUCUAGUUUCAUCUAUGUUUCUAAAAUAUGAUAUUAAGUACCUUACUGAUUCAAUGUAUUGGUUUUUAAGAUCAAAUGUUUGUUUCUUGAUUAGAACAAGCUGGUGAGAUCUGAAUCUUGAAUGUGAACUUUGAGCUGUAUUACAAUCAGAAUUACAAAUUAGAAAGCAGGAGGGAUGUAUUUGUUUAUUACACAUGGAGUUGGUCGUUGAAGAGUUUGGGCCUCUAAUGACCUAAAUGGGCUUUUAAGCCGAUAUUUUUACGGGUUUUAUUUUUACCCGACUCAUCUAGUCGGACCUUAUCCUCUUCCUCACACUAAUAAUAGGACUCUGGUUGCUUUGGUCGGAAACAAAAAACAAACUAUUCAAUCAAACA